AUGCCACCGAGAGAACACAAACUGGGCUGGCGCCUUCAGCACUUUGCUCUGCGGACAGUUUCUGUCCUCUCGACAGCCUCUUCGCCCCAGAAGAACCCCUUUCCAGCCGUUCGUUUGGUGUCAUACUCUCCCCCUCAUCUUCCCUUGGACACAUUUUCGUCGGCGUCCUCCAUUCGAUCUCACUUUGGAUUUAGCCCUCUUUUGAGCAUAGCAUAG